ACAUAUAUAUAUAUAUAUAUAUAUAUGUAUAUGUAUAUGUAUUAAAACUAAGAAACUCUAAAUGUUUCUUUGCCCGAUUAAUGAUAUUUGUCAUUUGAAAGCGCGUAUAUUGGCACUGUGUUAACGUCAAUAAUAGUGUGUAGAGAUUCAAUCUCUUUCAACGUUAUAUAUAUUGUAUUAUUAUUAUUUUGAAAUUUCCAAAAACAUGUCUUCCUCACAUAAUGAAAAUAUGAUAGAAGAAUUAGCAAAGGAUUAUGCAGAUUAUGCGAAAGUCAACUUGUCCGUUAAGAUGAAACAAUUUCAUGAAACAAUAGAAGAUGUUAUGAUACGUUUAGAAGAAUUUCAAUCAAUUGUUGCAAUGGUUCAAGCUGAAAGUUCAGAAUGUAUGAAUGAACACAUUCCAAGGAUACGACAUAUGCAGAAAGAAUUAGUAACACUUUGUAGAAAAAUAGAUGCACUUGAACACGUCCUUAUAGCAGCUAAUGUAAGUUUGACAGCAUUAGAAACAGCUGUUGACACUGCGGAAGCUGAAUUGGGUGUUACGGAUAGAUUUUUUGGUAUUCUUAAUCCAUUAUCUUUUUUUAAAAAAAACCAAGAAUCUGUGAUAGGGAACAAACAGCAGCAAACAUUUGAACCUCCAACAAUUUACAGAACAGAAGAUUAUUUCAAUGCGGAGUAAAUUAAUGUCUUCCAUGACCAAGUGAUUCUAAAUUUAAACUUUUUUAAAAAGCAAUUAGAAAAAUUUACUUUCUAUAAUAUGAACUUUAGAUUUAAACAUUUUUUUUUAGAAUAUAUAUGAUUUACAAUUAAAAUUCCAUGGCCAAAAUUUUUAUAUUUAUAU